UAGUAAACAAGUCACGAGUGCCUUUCAUUGUAGGAGUUUUGUUAGUUCCAUAAAGAAGACUGAAUAUUUGAUAGAUAAUAACCUAAUUUAAUGCCAGAAAAGACUUCUCAGAGCUUAAGGAAGCAAGACAGUUCUUCGGUGCGCGAAGAUGACAAGUUGAAAGAUCAGGAAGAUGUGAACAAUUUGAGUAUCCAAAAUUACAAAGAUGAAACGAAUCGCCAGCAGUUUGAGUAUAACCAAAACAAGAAUGUUCUUUUGCGUUCAAUUCACGUGUUACAGGAUCUCUUAGGCGAGUUGAAUGAGUAUGUGAGCAAGCAAGGAUGCAUUUUUCAUAGCGUCUGGGGCUCUGAACGAACAAAAUCAGCUUUCUCUAAUCAGUUAUUUGAAUUUGAUAUUCCAAAAAUGAAUAUCUUGACUCCUGACUUGGCAUUGCAUGCUAAAUCUGAAGCCGAUGAAUUAAUUAUCGGUAAACUCGGUUCAGAGGCUCAUGAGUCGUUACUAAAAGUAUACUUUGAGAGAGUAAAUAAGCAUCUUUUCUCUCUUUAUUCGAGAGUGGAAGAUACAUCAUCGAAAGUUUUAAUAACUGGUGAUUUAAAUGCGGGCAAAUCUACUCUCUGCAAUGCACUUGUUCAUCGUGAUAUCCUCCCAGAAGAUCAGCAACCGUGUACCGAAGUAUUCUGUGAAGUUUUAGAUGCGGAAUUCAACGAUAAAAAGGACUGUGUCCAUGCUGUACCACAUGGUAAAAUGUAUUCUUUUACGGACUCUUCUACCUAUGUAAUUUUUCCUAUUGAGGAUCUGAAGCGACUUGUAUAUGAGACAGAAAAUUGGUCAAUGCUGAAGGUGUACAUAGAUGAUGGUCGGCCAGCCUAUGAAAGUUUGCUCCAUAAUGGCAUUACGGACAUUGCCCUUAUUGAUGCACCAGGUCUAAAUACCGAUUCUAUGAAGACUACCUCCGUCUUUGCUUGUCAAGAAGAAAUUGACGUUGUCGUUUUUGUCGUAAAUGCAGAGAAUCAUUUUACUCUUUCAGCAACGGAGUUUUUGAAGAAUGCUUCUACGGAGAAGUCACAUAUUUUCAUUAUAAUAAACAAGUUCGACAAUAUCAGAGAUAAAGAGAGAUGUAAACGUCUUAUUUUGGAUCAAAUUCAAAAUCUCUCUCCUGAAACAUACGCCGAUGCUAAAGACUUGGUUCAUUUCGUAAGUUGUCGAGUAGCCGCCGAUCCAAAUCAAAAGGAUAAUCCUAUCUACCCUUCAUUUUAUCAAAUGGAAAAUUCUUUGCGAACUUUUAUUUUGGAAAAUCGUUCUAAAUCAAAGUUGGCCCCGGUUCGAAAGUAUCUUGUAGGAUUGCUUUCAGAUUUAACAGGCAUAUGUGAUUACAAUUUAAAAUGUAUUGAUACAGAUGUGAGUUAUUUACACAACAGAAUCUCAGAUUUGUCUCCAAAGUUCCGAACUUCAAAGCAUCAGGAAUCGCAAGUUUAUCAGAAAGCUGAAGCUCUUGUAGAGUCCACUGUGCAAUCCAUUACCCAACAUGCACAUGUUCAACUAGAAACGGCAAUUGAAAACCUCAGUGCUUUCUCUAGUCUGAAAUAUUCUGGGUUUCUUUUUGCUUAUAAUUAUGGCGUUUCAGUUAGAAACGCUAUGCAGCAAUACCUCGAGGAAACGUUAUUAGAAUCGGAAGAGUUUGCUAGAAAAAGAACAAGUGAAACAGUUCAAUAUAUCCAGGAGAACAUGAAACAAAACUUCUCGGAUGCCCUAAUACCCGUUUUUCGCUCUCACCAAAUGUUUGUACGUCGCCAUCAAUUACAGCUACAAAAGCAUUUUCGCUUUGAGCUGGGUAUGUUGGACUUUAUCGAUCUGGACCUCACGGAGCGUCUAGGUACCUGGAGUGCAUCUGUCAGCACCAUACUUUUAGUAUUGGGUAAAACGACUCCAUCAUUUACAGUAUUCACAAGUCUGGUAGAAAAAUUUGGUCUUUCCUUCUUUAAUUUCUUUAAAACUAGAACCUUGCAAAAUUUGUUGAUCCCAGUUUUAGGACUGACUGGAAUCGCCGUCUUCGGUUAUGUGGUUUAUGAUAUUCCCAGAGCUUUACCAUUGAAGAUAUCUGAAAAAAUUAAAAACUCUCUAAGAGAGACAGAAUUCUCACAUAAUACAAGUUUAUGGAUUGGUACUGAAAGUCGAAAGGUUUUAAACGUUCCCUUGAAUGAUCUUCGCAACAUGUUUCAACAUCGAUGGGAAGAGCAGAAGGAGACCAUUGCAAGCACUGAAAAUGAGCUUAGGAUAUGUCAGAAGGCCCAUAAAUUUUUUAUUGAAAUGAACAAUCGUUUGCAGCAAACACAAAGAAAGACACUGACUGUUCAUUUAGAGGGUUGCGAGAUGAGUUACUAAUGAUAAAAGGAAAAGCUAAUGUUUACGGUUAUCCUAUCUAUUGAAGCUGUCAUAAUGCUAAUGCGAACUAAUCAUACAGGACACCGUACAAGGGUCUUAAACGAGAGCUUAUUCUUAUUGAAAAGCAAAUUUAUCAUUUUUGUUAUAUUCAGAAUCUUAAUA